AUGGCUACCACUUCACGCACUGAUCGUUCAUUUUCCGGGAGCUCGGAAAGAGUCGCAGCUACUGACCGUCCCGUCGUUGCAAAAGCUCACUCAGGUGCUACGGAUGACUCGAGCUCCAAGUCCGCUAGGCCGUCUGCAGCAGCAGGAACGGCUGUAGCGGCCGCGAUCCUUGCAGUUGUAAUUUCCGCGAUUGCCGCGGCAGCAGCGGGGGGGGUAUUUUCUGACGGAGUGGGAAAUUUCAAGCUGGGAAACUGGAAAUCUGCUUUUCAUCUGACUCAAAGGGACCCAAGAAUUGAGUCGGUUCAGGUGGACCCGGAAUUCCGACACGUGGCGGGAGCGGGGCCUGGGAUUGGUGCGAGUGAGGUUGUUGUUGACGUGGACCGGCUUCAGGAUCAGAUCGACCACGUCGCCACCUUCUCCAAUGACGAGCCGCCAGCUGUCACUCGUGUCCUGUUCACGGAGAACGACGUGAGGGCAAGAGAUUACGUGAAGACGCUUAUGAGGGAAGCGGGGCUGGGUAUAAGAGAGGAUGCUAUCGGCAACAUCUUUGGCAGAUGGGAGGGGUCCAAUGAAUCGUUGCCAGCUGUCGUCACAGGGUCGCACACGGAUGCGAUCCCAUUGGCCGGGAAGUACGACGGCGUUGUGGGGGUGCUGGGAGGGAUCGCAGCAGUGCAGGCGUUGAAGCGGGCCGGGUUCUCCCCCCAUCGCCCGAUCGAAGUGCUCAUGUUCACCUCUGAAGAACCCACCCGCUUCGGGAUCGGCUGCCUGGGCAGUCGCAUGUUGGCCAAUCAAACUGGCUAUCUCGAUCGCCUGCUGGCGCUCCAGGACAAAGACGGCCGGCCAUUCGCCGAGGCUGCCGCUGAAGCUGGUUACGGAGAGGCUCGGAACGCAGGUUCGGUGGCAGCUGUGGCUUUGGGUCGGGAACAAGUGGGCGCUUUUGUGGAGCUGCACAUCGAACAAGGGCCGCUAUUGGAAGACCAAGGGCUGGACAUAGGCAUAGUGACAGCAAUAGCGGCGCCAGCAACACUGAUGGUCGAUUUCAGUGGAGGAGGGGGGCAUGCCGGCGCACUGCUCAUGAAGCAUAGGAAUGAUGCAGGGCUGGCAGCUGCUGAGCUCUCAUUGGCUGUUGAGGCAGCUGUGCUGGCGACCAGGGCAGACGAUACAGUGGGGACCACAGGGCAUCUCAUGCUUCAGCCGAACGCAGUGAACAGCGUGCCUCGCCAUGCACACUUGGAGAUUGACAUAAGGGAUAUUGACGAGGCGAGGCGGGAUGGCGUGGUGUCAAAAGUCAUGGCGGCCGUCAGGAGCAUUGCCGCCAGACGGAAAGUGAAGGUGGAGAGAAUGGAGCUGGUCAAUGCCGACCCGCCCGCCCAGUGCAGCAGCAUGGUGACGUCAGCAGUUUUGUCUGCAGUGCAGGAGCUGGGGCUGAGCCACCAGCGAAUGGUCAGCCGGGCGUAUCACGAUGCACUGUUCAUGGCGAGACUAGCUCCAACGGGCAUGAUCUUCAUUCCGUGCCGAGGAGGAGUGAGUCACCGCCCGGACGAGUUCACGUCCAAGGCCAACCUCGCCAACGGUGUGCGUGUGCUUGCUCUUACACUCGCCAAGCUCUCGCUGCAGUGA